AUGGCCCGAAGAUACGAUCCAGUAGAUGAGGAUAAGCCAGGAUCUUUGGCCACUCUGACACCACAAUCAUCCCCCAGCUUAUUUGAAUUGACUGCCGCUUCUUCACCACCGGACUCACGCCAGCUCAAGGUUGAUGCGGUGCGGGAGUUACCAAAACCGGGGCAACAUCGUGGCAAAUUUUUAGUUGGAGCACUGGCAUCCAUUGUUUCACUAGUGGCGGUUUUGGCCUUGUUGGCCUUGUGUCGGUCCAGCCAGAAGAAACUAAACUCCGGGGGAGCAGCACAACGAAACCUUUCCGAUAUGGAAGAUGAAGAAAACAUCUCGAGUAUUAUAGAGCAAUGCCUGGAUUUGGAGGAGGAGCUUGGCCUUCGGCCAGCUGCUUCACCACCUACUGACGAAGCGGGCGAGGGGAAGGCUAAGCUCCUCGCCAUGCUGUAUGAGUCUUCAGCCACUUUUGAACAGAUGCGGGUUAUUGCCUCACAGAAGCGGGAAGGUGACCUUCACCCGCCUCCACCUAAGAUUCCGCGGCUUACUGAGUCAUGGGCGUCUGACCCGCACUCACAAAGGCCGGCUGGGGCAUUUCUGUCACACCCUAGUGGAAUGGCAGUGGGCGGUGCAGCCAGUGCUUUGGAUGCAGAUGCCUGGGUGGAGGAGGAGUCUGGGCUAGUGUCUGUUGAAGCCGUCGACAAAUCGUACACAACAAAUCAGGAAGGAAAGCCAGGAGAGACACGCAUAAGCCCGCCGUCGAGUUUCGCGUUUGGCGAAGGACAUAGCGGUGAUGACGCGACAACGCCUGAAGCGUGGCUCGACGACUCCUCGGCGAACACGGAUGAACAGGACCUCCAACAAACAGUAGUGAGCACUGUGGCACGACAUCCAACGGUGGAGACGAGCUCAGUUGCUUCCACCAGUGCAAGGGACAUUCGUGAGCAUCCUUUUGUGCGGCUGCCAGUGGUGAAUCCUGAGGACAUCCCCAGACAUUUCAGCGAACUUGGUUCCCUGCCAUGUGAUAUGCUUUUGGAUAGCCCAAUGGAUGCAUACAUGACAAUGCGCAGUUUGUUUGCCAAGCCUUCGCUGACGGCUGAAGAUGUGGAUACGCUCAUGGUGAAAGCGGAUAUAUUGGUAAAGUACGCGACACACAAACUCGCACGACCAGAUAGGAGAUUCAAAGCUUGCACCCUGUUUAUGAAACUCUCUUCUUUGUUUAUGAUAUUUGACCAGCUGGUUUGUACAAUUGAGCUUCUAGGCGACAAGAUGGAUACCGACAGAUGGUGGCCUGCGUUUGUACAGCAGUUCCAAACGGACUACAUCUUUCCUGAACACGUGCCGUCCCCCAAGUCAAGAAUGCUGAACAGGCUGGUCAAUCGACUGAGUUCUGCGUUGGAAAUAUAUAAGGAAGGACGACGCCCGCCACUUGAGGAAGUAAUUGAUCUGAAGAGGGCCAUUAUUACCCACGCGUACAAAGAUAGCCAACUGGCGAACCCCCUGUGGAAAGUCUGGAUUCAGGAUGACCAUGAAUUCUUUUCUUCUUGA